GCGAGAGGUUCCCGUUGUUUGGUGCCCAUUUUGAUUUUAGAGCUGGCUGGUCACAGCGUCCACUUGCCGCUAGCUAGCGCCUUCCCGCUCUUCCGCCCUUUGCCACUGGGACGUUGUUCAUCGUUGGAGCGUCCCCCCCCCCAUCGCCUUUCGUUUUGCCGCUUCUUUUUUGGUGCUGUGUCGGGAUUUUUCGUGGGCGAGCUCGCGGGUUUUUGACGAGAGAGCGGGAGAGGGAGAGAGAGAGAGCUUUUCUGUGUUGGAGGUGGAAGGGUUGGGGUUUCGAAGAGGGGGAUUAGUGUGAAUGUGGAGAGACUCUGUUGGUUGAGAAGGGAGGGUAGUUGCGGUGAGUUGGUUGACUUGGAUAGGAGAGAGAGAGAGAGAGAGAGAGAGAGGAGAGUGCGAUGUGGUUAGAAUCAGGGUUUGAGUGUGUUGGAUGAGGGAGCUGAAUUUUUUGGAUGCGGGGCGUGUGAGUCUAAUACAAUCGAAUUGUGCCUGCGGGGAGAGCACAGUGGUCCGAGGACGUCUGGGUGUAUGGGCCGGAGGGUCUGGUUAGCCUCGGAAAGGACGCCCCGGAAGGUUGUGCGAGAAAGUUAGUAGUGAAAAGUGGAGGAGCACCUGCUUUAUUGUUGUGGCCAUCAUGUCGAAGAACCAAGGGAAAGAGGCGGAGCUGAUUGACAUUGGCAAGAAGCUGGGAAAAUCGCACUCGAAGGAUGCCCUGGUUAAGCUAUUACUGCAAACAUCGGCUUUACUUUCAGAGUUGGAUCAAUCACCCCCACAAAGCACUCACAAUGCGAUGAAAGGGUGUUCCGACGCUUUAGUGUCCUUACCUUUAUUGAGACACAAGGACAAGGAAGUCGGGUUGCUUGUUGCUAUUUGCAUCAGUGAAAUUAUGAGGAUCGUGGCUCCUGAUGCCCCUUAUAGUGACGAGACUCUGAAGGAAAUAUUCCAGCUGAUUGUUACCAAUUUUAAAGGACUUGAUGAUGUUAACAGUCCUUCCUUUUCAAGGAGAGUGAGUAUUUUGGAGACCGUCGCCAAGGUCAGAUCAUGUGUCGUGAUGCUGGAUCUGGAAUGCGAUGAUCUUAUCUUGGAGAUGUUUGAGAUCUUCUUUGCUACGGCAAGUGAUGAGCAACCUCAUAAUGUCUUUGUGGCUAUGAGAAAUAUCUUGACCCUUGUUGUGGAGGAGAGUGAAAAGAUUCCAACUGAAAUGGUGGAGGUCAUUCUUAAGAAUUUACUGAAGCCAAAGAAGGAGGGGUCAGGUGCACGCAAGUUGGCAAUAGCUGUUGUAGAGAAAUGUGCGGACAAGCUAGAACCUUACGUGCGAAGCUUCCUGACUUCCGUGAUGGUGGAGGGGAAGAGCGUAGAUAGUGGACUCCAUAAGGACCACCAUGAAAUCAUAUACGAACUCUAUGAUUGUGCUCCUCAGUUGCUUGCCGGCGUUAUUCCUCUUAUCAGUGACCAGCUUGUGAAGGAUAAAGUAAAUGUGCGUUUAAAGGCAGUUGAUCUCCUGGGGCGAUUGUUUUCUCUUCCCGGCAGGCAAUUCGCACAAGAAUAUCCACAUGUUUUUGCAGUAUUUCUGAAGCGAUUCAGUGAUAAAGUAGUGGAGGUUCGAGUAGCAGUCGUAAAUUGUGCCAAAGAGUAUAUGGAGGCAAAUCCUACAGGCGAGCAAGCCAAUGAAAUUAUUGGUGCAUUGCAAGAUCGACUUCUGGAUUAUGAUGAUAAAGUGCGGGUGGCUGUGGUCAAGGCCAUAUACGAUAUGGUUAUGAGUGAAUUGAAGUCGGUUCCAACUGACGUGCUGCGUAAAGUUUCUGAGAGGCUUCGAGAUAAAAAGGUUGUGGUUCGAAAGGCUACCUUGGUGAAGUUGAUGGAGUUAUAUAAAUCCUACUGCACCAAGUGCUCAGAAGGUUUAAUUUCGCUUGACAAGGAGUUUGAAUGGAUUCCCGGAAAAAUUGCACGAUGCUGUAAUGACAAGGAACUUCAUGGCUUGGAGACGAUAUUGACAGAGCAGCUUUUCCCAGCUUCUAUUCCUAUUGAGGAGCAAUCUAGACACUGGGUUCUUGCUUUUUCCACGUUUGACGACAUCGAGAGAAAAGCACUACAGUUCAUACUUCUCCAGAAACAAAGGGUGCAGCAAGAGAUGCAAGUCUACUUGACCACACGGCAGAAAGCAAAAGAGGAAGAGACACCAGACCUGGAGAAGAAAUUGCAGAGCAUCUUCAAAGUCGUAGCUAAUCAUUGUGUGGAGCCUUCCAAGGCCGAGGACAAUCUUCAAAAGCUGCAUCAGUUAAAGAAUGAGAGUGUUUUCGUUGCAUUGUCCACAUUACUUAAUCCAUGCACGACGGUUAUAGAUGCCACAACAGCUCGUGAUGAUCUUCUGAAGAAAACAGAACAGCAUGUGCAGAGUGAUUUCAUGAAGAGUCUUGCCACCAAGUGUGGCUUUUUUUUCUUUAGCAAGGAACAUGUGCUCGCAAUCUCCAAAGAAAUUCUUAUUUAUAAGGAUUCUGAGACUGACAAAGAUCUUGUUGCCUCAAGUCUUUUGCUUCUUGUGGAAAUCGCUAUAUAUAGUCCAGAGUUGAUGGCAGAUGCUGAGGAAGACUUAUUGACAUUGUUGAAGGACCCUGAUGAGUCUAUUAAAGAGGGUGUAGUACAGAUUUUGGCCAAAGCAGGUUCCUCCUUCCGUAAUAAAGGCUCCGGAGCCGAGGACAGGAGCAAUGUCAAUUUGAUGCUGGAGCAACUCUGCCUGGAAGGUAGCCGCAAGCAAGCUAAAUAUGCAGUCUCUGCAAUCGCGGCCAUGACUGCUGACUCUGGACUGAAGGCAUUAUCUGUGCUUUAUGGGCGACUGGUGGAUAAAUUAGAGGACAACACACAUCUUCCCACAAUUUUGCAGUCAUUGGGGUGUAUUGCUCAAAAUGCAAUGCCUAUCUUUGAAACGAGAGAGGAUGACAUCAUCAAGUUUGUAGUUCGGAAUGUUCUCAGGCGGCCAGCUCCACAGGAAGCUGCUGAACCCAUUUCUAACCCUGAUACUCCAAGUGACCAUGUACUUUUGAAGAUCUACGCUCUUAAAGCGUUGGUGAAGAGUUUCCUUCCGAAGAAGAAUGCACAUCAACGAACAAGGCUUCCGGGUCUUCUCAAAGUGCUUGUUAAGAUUCUUGCGUGUGGAGAAAUAUCAGAUGAUAUGAAUACAAGUGACGGAGAUAAAGCCCAUCUGCGCUUAGCAGCUGCGAAAGGUGUAUUGCGAUUGGCACGACGUUGGGAUAGUCAGAUUCCCAUAGACGUUUUUCAUAUGGUGGUUAUGACCGUACAGGAUCAAUCAGCACAUGUCCGGCGUACAUUGUUAAGAAAAAUCCACCAUUACCUGAGGGAUCGGACGCUGAAUCUGAAGUAUUCUAGUGCUUACGCUCUUUGUGCAGUGGACACUGAGAAAGAUGUUGCCCUGGAAACUCGGCGCUUUAUGUCCGACUUUGUGGAUGAUUAUCGAAAAGAAGCUUACAAAGCUGCGGCUGGGCAAGCUGAGAGGACGACUAUUACGCUUCAUCCAGAAUAUGCUCUUGUAUACCUUGUGCACGUUUUGGCUCACCAUCCUAACUAUCCUGCUCCCUCUGGAGGUGUUCAGCCGGAUCCAUCAGCCUACGAACCGUUCUACAGGGAGUUGUUGUUUUUCCUACGUGCACUCAUCUACCAAGAAGGGGAUGGAAAAAAUGAGACCGGAAAGGAAGGCAAUUUGCCUCUAAUAUUAGCAAUUCUACGCACCAUCAAAGGAUGUGAGAACGCCGUUGACAAAACAAAGACCGAGACUUUGUAUGCGAUAUGCGAUAUUGCCAUAUUAAUUGCUAAGGAUAUAGCACAAUUGAAGAAGAAACUUGUGGAGACAUAUCCAGGUGCCAUUCCGCUUCCAGCUUCUCUUUACAAGGUUCCUGAAGCUAAAGCCCGUUCAAAAAAGACACCUGUUGCAAAAGCCGCUGAUGCUAAGGUUGCUGAGACGAAGGCUUCUGAGCCGAAGACAACUGAACAGAAACUUCUCGUAUCCAAGGAAGCAGAACUGAACGGAUCCAAGGCGGCUGAACCGAACGAGUCUGAGGCAGUUGACGAAAAUGCUUCUGAAGUCAGGGCAGUUGAAACCAUCGAGUCCAAGGUUGCAGCUGAACCAAAUGAACCUAAGGGUCCUGAGUUAGACGCACUUAUGGAUGAAGCUAACGAAACCAUGCCACUUGAAUCCAAAGAACCCAAGGCUCCCGAUGCUGACGAAUCUAUGGUACCUGGACCGAACGAUACUGCAUCCAAUGCUGCUGCAUCAGGUGAAGCUAUUCCGCCAGUUGGAGGGGAUGAGAAAAGUGCAGUCAUUGAAGAGGAGGAACUAGAGGACGAACCAGAGGACGAACCUGCAAAGGUGGAUGGUAGCCAUCUGCCACCUUGCUUUACAGAUAAGGACGUGUUGGAAAAAUUCAAGGCUGGAACUUCCUCAAGAACUGGUCAGCCUGUCAGUCCUAGGGGCCGCAAACGAGGGAAACGGAUCGAUAACGGAGAAACUGUGUUGGAUACGGAAGGAGAGUUGGAACAAGGAGCACCUACUCCUAAGAAGGGGAAACUCGAAAACGACAAACCAUCUAAAGGUGCAACCACAGGAGCAGGGGUCAUAAUUAAAGGUCCUUCACGUGGCGGUAGAAAGUCAGUAGACAGAAAUGAGUCCGCUAAGAAAGUAGGAAAGAAGUCUGAAGUUGAAAAAGAGCCUGAAGAGGAUCUGGAUGAAAGUAUACCUGCGAAACGCAAACGUGGUCGGCCCAAAGGUUCAGGCAAGAAGGAUGAUGGAAUGAGUGGGGAUGAAAUGGCAGGACCGUCUUCAGAUAGUACACCUACCACAUCAGCCAAAAAGGGAAAGUCAGCCACUCCCAUGCCAGAUUCUGGCAGGAGAAAGCCUGGGCGUCCAGCCAAAAACAAGCUCGAGGAAGAUGUUCAAAAGAAAAGUGCACAAAAAAGAGAGAAGGUGGCGACAGUCACAACUCCUGAUAAAUCUGCCAAAAAAUCAAGUACUAUUGAAAAGGGUGCAAGCCCAGCCUGGAAGAGUGAAGGCGAGAGGGGUGGAGACGAGUCUCUCGUGGGUUGUGGCAUUAAAGUUUGGUGGCCGCUGGACAAGAAAUUCUACAAGGGGAAGGUUGUGGAUUAUGAUGCGAAGAAGAAGAAGCACAAGAUCUUGUAUGACGACGGGGAGAAAGAAGUUCUUAAUUUAGCGAAGGAGCGGUGGGAGGUAACUGACAAACAGGGCAAAUCAUCUGCGAAGACUGAGAAGACACCAAAUGCAACUCCUCCAGCAACACUUUCAGGGACAAAAUACCCGGAGCCAAAGAGACUUAAAGUGACUGCCAAGACACCAACAUCAAAGGAUGAGUCAGAAAAAGCUUAUGAUACCUCAAAAGACGGUGCUUCAGCGAAGUCUGCUAAGUCAGCCAAGUCAGCUAAGGAGAAGGGGCCAAACAAAACUCCUGAAGCGACUAAGGAAAAGGAGAUAGACAACACUCCAAAAGUUGCCAAAUCUGCCGAAGGAAAAGAUCAGGCAGAUAGUGCAUUUGAGUUCGAUGAUGAAGGGGUUGAAUCUGAAGUUAGAAAACAGAAAACCGCAACCUCGAAAGGUUCGGUUGGGAAGCAAGGCAAGGCUGAAAAAGCGAUGAGUACUUCCAAAGAUUCAGUCUCAAAAAGUGCCAAAGAGACGUCAGAAGAUAAACCAGAUGAAGAAAAAGGUGUAGGAAAUUCAGAAGAUGACGAACCUUUGCUGGCAGGACAAUUGGAGAACUCGGAACGUGAAGAAGUCAAAGCCAGUGAGUGAUUGAUUCGUCUACCACCGUCGAUCUAACUUACUUUUGAACAUAGCAUGUAUCUUUGCGAGCCUUUAGUGUAGAGAUAAUGUGCCUUAGUUUCAAAACUAGCAGGUUUGUACAUUCAACUUUGUAUUGAAACUGGAUGGUUACGGAGCCUUGUUAUUAUGAUGGAGAUUGGAGAGCUUUGCCAACAUACUAGUCGGUUCAGUGUUUUAAACUUUGGGGAGGCGGAAGGCGAUACUAUCCUGCUUACAUUUGUACUCGUAACUUUAGUCCGUAUAGACAUUGUGACUGCUAUUAGACCUCAUGCAAUCUUCCCCUGGUCUUAUGACCUCCCUGUAUGCAUCUUGUCUUGUACGCCCUUUUUGUGUUUUAUUUAAAGAGGAAUCCCUCAGAGUCUUGAUAAGACUCGUUUUUGGCAGGCA